CCCCCCUCCUGCUCCUCCUGCUCCUCCUGCUCCUCCUGCUGGCGGGUGGGCGCCGUCAAUGUAGAGCGUCCAGUCUGAGGCCGAGGCUGCAGCUGGGCCUGGCGCAAGAUGGCGGCGGAGGGGAGCGGCGCAUCGACCGAGCUGCGCCUUUGGUAUUGGCAGCUUCUGGAACGAGUACGAGGAUUGUCUUCCAGAAGGGCACCAUCCAAUGAGGUGGCUGGUUCUUCUCACAGCAUGCAGUUGAAAAAGAUAGGUCACAGGGGAGUAGACUCGACUGGUGAAACUACGUACAAAAAGACAACAUCCUCAGCCCUCAGAGGCGCCAUUCAGUUGGGGAUCACACACACCGUGGGGAGCCUCAGCACCAAGCCCGAGCGAGAUGUUCUAAUGCAGGACUUCUACGUGGUGGAGAGCAUCUUCUUCCCCAGAGAAGGGAGUAACUUGACACCAGCGCAUCACUACUCAGAUUUCCGGUUCAAGACCUACGCUCCUGUGGCAUUCCGUUAUUUUCGGGAGCUCUUCGGUAUUCGACCAGAUGACUAUUUGUAUUCCCUGUGUAACGAACCACUGUUUGAGCUGAGUAACCCAGGUGCUAGUGGUUCUGUUUUCUAUGUGUCUGCUGAUGAUGAGUUUAUCAUUAAAACGGUUCAGCACAAGGAAGCAGAGUUCUUGCAGAAACUACUCCCUGGGUAUUACAUGAACUUGAACCAGAAUCCUCGCACAUUGUUGCCAAAGUUCUUUGGGCUCUAUUGCAUCCAAUCAGAGGGGAACAAUAUUCGACUGGUUGUCAUGAACAACCUGCUGCCUCGAGUGAUGAAAAUGCACCUGAAAUAUGACUUGAAAGGAUCUACUUACAAGCGCAGAGCAUCCCAGAAAGAACGUGACAAGUCACGGCCAACGUUCAAAGACUUAGACUUCCUGCAUGAUACUCCAGAUGGUCUUUAUCUGGAUACUGACAUGCAUAGUGCCUUAUGUAAAACAAUUCAAAGGGACUGUUUGGUAUUACAGAGCUUUAAAAUCAUGGACUACAGUUUGCUGGUCGGGGUUCAUAACAUGGAUAUCGCCAGACGGGAACGGGAGACUGAGAGACAGCAAGGUAGCUCCGAUGUCGGGCACUCGGAUUUACGGAGACCGGUGGGUCAACGAUCCCUUUACUCCACAGCAUACGAAGCCAUCCAAGGUGAAUCGCGACUGGGAGACACCAAUGAAACAGAUGAACAAAUGGGAGGAAUUCCUGCUCGGAACUCCAAAGGGGAGAGCCUCAUGCUGUACAUAGGCAUCAUAGAUAUCUUGCAAUCCUACAGAUUUAUUAAGAAGUUGGAACAUUCUUGGAAGGCCCUUGUGCAUGAUGGAGAUACAGUGUCUGUGCACAGACCUGGUUUCUAUGCUGAGCGUUUUCAACGAUUCAUGUGCAGCACAGUUUUCAAGAAAAUACCACUCAAACCAUCCCCAUCGAAGAAAAGCAGACUCGGUAUGACGUCAGUGAGGCGGCCUGCAACAGGGGGUUCUGGGCAGCCACCCUCGUCCUUGACUGAGGAAAGCAAAGGCCAAGUGCCUACCAAGGAGAUCACUCAGGCUGUAAUAGAACCAGGAGCAUAUCAGGGUCGGCCUGACAUCCUACCCAGGACUCCGCCGCUGGAUGAGGCUGCCAGCAACUCAGCAGCCACAACCUUGUCCAGUUCUUCCCUUGCCGAGCCUGGAGCGUUGGACAGCACCGCAGCAAACUCCCCGGUUACAAGGCCUCCUGGACUGGACACUCACGCCACUGAUGAGACUAAACAGUAUCCAAAUGCACUAGCUAUCAGCAGUGUAGAGAGUAUGCCUCCAAUUAUAUCAGAGCCUGCCUCGGGAAUCCCUCUUUCAGAGCUGUCUGUUGCGUCAAAGUCAGUGGAAGGCACACGGUGCCAUGACACGCUGUUAGAAACUGAAAUCUGCUUUUUCUUGGAGGGAAGGUAUUGGAUUUGCUCAUCGCCUGUACUUCCCAGGCUCCCAUGUCUUCCAAAGCCCCCGGAGGCUAAUAGCAAGGAUGUCAAAGGGCCUCGCGGCCACGCAGUAAACCAGCCGCUGAUUGGUGAGAACUCCGACCAAUGGGCGGCGCGCUCACGGCGGGCAGAGGAUCGGUGGAGAAGCUUCGAGAUGGUUCUGGAGAGUACGAUGGUCUGUGUUGACAACAGUGAAUAUAUGAGGAAUGGAGACUUCCUGCCAACCAGACUGCAGGCACAGCAGGAUGCUGUCAACAUCGUUUGCCAUUCCAAAACACGGAGCAAUCCUGAGAACAACGUUGGGCUCAUCACACUCGCCAAUAACUGUGAGGUGCUCACCACCUUAACGCCUGACACAGGUCGGAUUCUCUCCAAGCUUCAUGCUGUGCAGCCCACUGGGAAAAUCAGCUUCUGCACUGGUAUCCGAGUUGCCCACUUGGCUCUUAAACAUCGUCAGGGGAAGAACCACAAAACACGGAUCAUUGUGUUUGUUGGAAGCCCUGUGGAAGAUAAUGAGAAGGACUUGGUCAAACUGGCCAAGAGGCUGAAGAAGGAGAAGGUGAAUGUGGAUAUUGUGAACUUUGGAGAGGAGGAAGCGAACACGGACAAGUUAACUGCUUUCAUCAACGCCCUGAAUGGAAAGGAUGGAACGGGCUCCCAUCUGGUGACAGUGCCCCCAGGCCCAAGCCUUGCAGAUGCUCUCAUCAGCUCCCCCAUUCUAGCUGGAGAAGGAGGCACCAUGCUGGGACUUGGAGCCAGUGACUUUGAGUUUGGUGUGGACCCCAGUGCCGACCCGGAGCUGGCCCUGGCUCUGCGUGUGUCGAUGGAGGAACAGCGGCAGCGACAGGAAGAGGAAGCCAGGCGAGCGGCUGCUGUGUCGGCCGUGGAGGCGGGAAUUGUGACUCCAACUGGUGACGAACCGGAUGAUGCCCUUCUGAAGAUGUCAAUAAACCAACAGGAAUCCCCGGAGACUGGGCUGCCAGAUAUCAGCAGCAUGACAGAGGAGGAGCAGAUUGCCUACGCCAUGCAGAUGUCCCUCCAGGCUGCCGAAUUCGGGAGUGCUGCAGAUUUAUCCAGCAUGGAUGCUGGGACUGCCAUGGAUACAUCAGAAGCUACAGCCAAGGAAGAAGAUAACUAUGAUGUCAUGGAGGACCCCGAGUUUUUGCAGAGUGUGUUGGAAAACCUACCUGGAGUUGACCCAAACAACGAAGCUAUUCGCAACGCCAUGGGCUCCUUGCAAUCACAGACUUCAAAAGACGGCAAAAAGGACAAGGAGGAAGAGAAAAAAUGAGUGCCAGCCUGUGUUAGAGAGCCUCAUAAAUUGCUGCCUGAUAUAAACUGGUGCCACAACAGUCCAGAUUGCUUUAUUUUGCAGUAGUUACUGCAAAUGGUAGAAGUGCUCCAAUAUCUUUUUAUUUCUCGACUGUGAUGUUCUGUGAAAUGCACAUGACCUACAGUGAAAUGUUAAUAAAAUAUUCCUGACCAUGCA